AACCAUUUCCUUGUUUAUAUCAGGAAUGUGUCUGUACAUUUAAAUCACUCAAUGCACUUAAAGUUCACCUGUCCCGCCUUCACACAAAAAGUCUGGAUCCCCAACCAUGUGUAGAUGUACCAGUUAAGUUUAGCUGUUUAUCAUGUGGGUUUGCUGAGUCUUGUUUUGAGACUGACUUCUUUACUCACCUGCAUACUGUACACUUUAAAGUAAACCAUAAGGUGAGGUGUCCUUUUAAAGAUUGUAACUUUGAGAGCAGUGUCUACUCUACCUACAAAGCACACAAAAGUAAAGUACACAACCACCAGAAUUGGAAGAGCUUUAAGCCAGACAUUAUUGGUUGCGAUUAUGCAGACCAUAGCACUGAUGCUGUACAAGAAAACAUGCCGCAUGUUGACGAUGCACAGGAAUUUGAAGAGUUAAGUGAAGAAGCCAGUGAGAGUGAUCUUUGUGAUUUAGGAAGACAGCUGGAGCACAACUUUGCAUCACUUCUGUUAAAGAUGCAAACGAUUUUGCACAUACCCGAGAGUGCUGUGCAAGAAGUGAUUCAACAGCUUUGUCAAUUAAAUGAGCUGUCACAGCCACUUCUACAAAGCAGAGUGAGGGUGGUGUUACAGAAAUAUUAUACAGAUGUAAGUGAGACAGUACUGAAAGAAAUGAUGAGUGCUGUGUCAGAAAGUAACACAUUGACAUUUUGUGCCACAAAUGGACCCUUAGGAACAUCUAAAAGGAGAGCAGCCUAUGUACGCAAGGAGUUUCCACUGGUAAGCCCCAUAGAAUAUGUUGUGGAAAAAGGCCAGAAACCUCUUGCUUAUGUUCCCAUUAUUCACAUGCUCCAGAAGUUGCUUAACAAAAAUGACAUUCUGGACAAAGCCAUGUCAGAAGGACUCAAUUUCCCGCAAGAAUACAGAUCAUAUGGAGAUGGGCUAUGUUUUAAGGAAAAUGCUCUUUUGACAAAAGGUGAAUUCACAAUUGCCCUUGGCCUCUAUAUUGAUGACUUUGAAGUAGCCAAUCCUCUUGGAACGUCAAAGUUGAAGCAUAAAAUGUGUGCUGUAUAUUGGGUCAUUGCCAACAUGCCUGCAAAAUACAGGUCAACCCUCAGCUCAAUUCAGCUUGCCUUGCUAUGCAAUACCUCCACUGUUAAACAGUGUGGUUAUGCAAAAGUGCUUCAGCCACUUAUUUAUGAUCUAAAGUUGCUGGAACAAGAUGGCAUUUAUCUGGAGCAACUAGGUGCAAGUGUGAAAGGCACAGUCCUAUAUGUUGCCGCUGAUAAUCUUGGUGCCCACUCUCUUGCAGGAUUUUUGGAGAGCUUCACGACUGACAAAUUCUGCAGAUUCUGUCUGGCAAGUCGGAGAGACAUUCAACAAUUAGAGAUGGCUGUACAACAUACCUUAACCAUGAGGGUUAUUGUCUCUGAUGGAGAUAUAAGAAAGAUGACAAUGCCAACACGACCUCACACACUGGACGAUUUGAUUGGCUGGCUCCAAGGCACUCUACAAACAAACUACAACUUCUCCUUACAGUACCAAGACCCUGAAUUUAACAAUGAACUCUGUAACCUUACAGAUAUCUCUGAACUUCCAGAGAAACCAAGCAUCAAAAUCAUCCCCAUAAUUGAGUUUGUUCCAAUAACAACUGAAUCAGUUAGUGAUGCAAGCAGCCAUGCAGACACUGACAUCCUGUCCAGUACCUCUCUGGAUAGAAGUCAUUGUUGGCCAGAUAUUUUUGACAUCCCUACAUUUUCGGUGGAUGUGGAGUACAGACUUCGUCAAGGUAACCUAUUGUACUUGAAGGAUGGUACCUUUCUUAAAGUGACAAAAGAACUAAAACAUGACAUCUUGGAGAAACUGGCUGAGACAAUGUAUGCAUUUAAAGCAUACCCAACAAAACAAGAUUUUGAGACUGUUGCAAAAGCCUUGGUACAAGCACACCCAUGUCUUGCAGAAUCGGGCUCACCUUCUGGCUGUGAUGGAUGGAAGAACAGCCUUAAGUUCAAGAUGGGUAAUUACAGGACCAAAAUGCGGCAGCUGGGUCGACUUGAUGUCUCCGUCAAUGCUGGCAAGCGUGGAAGACAAACUACAAAUGGUGACCCCCCCAACAAAGACAUCAAGAAACCAAGGAAGGGGGAAAUAAAUUACCUACCUGACUAUCCAGAGGGGAUGGAUGACCAUAACCUGGAAGGAGCUCGUCAGAUUCUGGUUCAUGAAAUGAUGAAGUCCAAGCCAAAUAUUUCCCUUGUUAAGAAAGAAAUGGAUGUGACAUUUGCUCUUCGGAGAAAAGAAGUGGUCAGAGACAAGCCUGCCAUCAGCGAGGUGGUACAUCGCUGGCCAGCACUUUUCACAGAAAGUCAGAUAUAUUGUGAGUUUACCAGAGUGGUUGGAAAAAAUCUCAAAGAAGUGUUCUUUGACGCACUCGAUGAGUUCGCUCCAAGGCUGAUGGAUCUCUUUUCAAAGAAGAAAGGACUUGCUGGCCAGCUGUUGGCUGACCUUUUGCGACAGACAAAGACCACUGAACCAACAUGCCUCAGGUGCCUCUGUCUUCGGGGGCUACCAGUCGUCUUGGGGGAUGAUCCUUCUGCCUUCUUUAAAACAUCCUCUGACUCGUACAGCGGGACUCCAGUAGGACUCCUCUGUGUUGAUCAGGAACAGCCUCAGCUCAACCCAUCCAAAGUGGGGAUCAUCUUGGAAGGCAAUGUGGUGAUGGAGGACCUAGCCAACUUACCACAGGCCUUCUGUCUUCUUUUUGGCUUGAUCUAUGCUCUGCACCUGGACUACCCUAAGGUCAUGAAAAACAGUUUCUGCUUCAUUCAACAGGUAAUGCUCAAGCUGGGUAGUCGUGAGCUGCCACCCAAAAUUCAGACUUUAAAAAAUAAGCUUGCUGUGUAAAAAGAGAUUCAGGAUGAUUCUGGUUCCAUGUAAACUUCUUGGUUUGUUUGGCUCUUUUGCACUGUUUGCAGCACCCUAAAAUUUGUGGGCUUUAGUUUUAGUGGAAGGAAGUUUUGUCUAUGCAUCCAGUAAGUACCUUUUUCUUGUGUUUAUAAAUGGAAGCUAAGUGGACAUGUCACUGCAUGCAAACUUGACAUACAAAUAAUGUUUUAAAGUCUAAAUGUUUUAUUUGACUUGUAAGAACUUUUGUUUAGAAAACAUAUUUUAGAAAAUAUUCGAAUUUUACGCACUUUGCUACAUGGAAGAAUUUCACAUGUUACUGCUUGAGAACAUAAGCAAUGUACUAAUGUACUGUCAAGUUAGUUGGUUACAUUUUAAGAGGUGUUUUUGAGGUAAAUAUGUCCAUUCUGUUCAUAAAUGUAUAUUCCAGUUUUUAAAUGAACACUUUUGCAAGAACAUUAAUUUUCCAGUUUUGUAGUUACAAGAGAUAUGCCUGUUGUAUUUCAUGUUAAUAUAAUGAAAUUGAAA